GGCGCGCUGCGCCAGCUCUCCGAAACUGGAACCCAAGAGUCGGAUCGGCCAGAAAUCGAAGCUCCUAAGUUGGCCAAGCCUCUCAGGGGCAGCUGGCGAAAGGCCAUGGAAGGCCUGGCCAAGCUUGGUGCUGGCAUAUCACUGACCCCUCCCGCGAACUUCACGCGACGCCCCAUGACGUUCGAACCAGCCAGCCUUGAAGGUGAUGUGAUAUCUCUUCUUUUUUGCGCAGAGGCAAGGCGAGGUGCAGUAGCAGCAGUGGUCUGGCUGAUGGGGCAACGUCGGGCCUACCCUCCGACGAAGUGCCAGUCCGCCCACCCCUUUGGGCGACUAGUGUGCGAAAUCGACGGGCAACCCGCCUCAUGCAAUGCCCAGCUACCCUCGCCCAUUUGACAAGUGGCCCCGAUUGACAGAUUUGCCACUGGCAACAAGGCGGGUUCCAGUCUCCCCGAUUGUCCACUGAAAAGCGACACGAAUUGACAGGACAUCUCUGAGCCCAGAAAUGGGAGAUCUCGGGCGAAAUUGGUUGAACCACCUCAGGUCUGAGCAUCCCCGAAACACACAAUCCCGACGAUGUCUCAAGCGAAAAAGACCGGGACCACGUGAGGUGAGGACAGAAGACGUACAUAAACCUGGAGUGGCAAUGAGAUCUCAAGCGAAACGAACAAUCCACGGCAACUGCGAGCACGGAGCAGCGAGGAAACGGGAUCUGACACCGUGCGGCAAGAGCAUCGACUAAUCCAGAAUAACGAGGAUGCACCGGGCGAAGAUUGCUCUGCGAUGAUGUUUCAAGCCAAAAAAGCGGGACCGCCUCAUGACAGCGGCGAAGAAGCCGACGCGAAAUGGGCUGGACUAUCUCUCGCGCGGCAACUCGAAACCCACAACUGCAGAGAUGUCUCGAGACCCGCCAGACCGCCUCACAGGCGGCAUCUCAGGGCCCAAAAUGAUGGCUUCGCCGAAACCGACCCAGACAACUUCUCGCAUGGGGUCUCCUGACAAACAAACACCCGUUUUCUGGGCAGGAGAUGGUCAAUCGCGGUUCCUUGUCCAACCCCAUUUUUCCCCUUCGGGAAUGGGGUCGUUGCUGCUCCUGGAUGAUAUUUGCCACCUCGCCCAACCUGCCGACCGCUAACCCGAGUCACUGCCACCCCCCUCGAUUCAAACCAACAACAGAUUGUUGAAAUCAACAACAGAUUGUUGAAAUACCAUCAGGCGGCUCCCCCAUUGGAGCUCGGAAGUGCGAUGCGAUCUGUCGGAACGAUGAUCAUCGGAUUAUCAUGGUUAUCCUUUCGAUUGUCUCAGACAACUGUGCAUUAAUUUAACCCCACCAGCCCUUUGGGCGUGAGUGGUUUAGAGAAAUUUCUCAUACACAUGUUUCACAGACAAACGAAUUAACAAUUCCUCUGGUGGGUCGCAGAUGCACCGUAAUCUACUCAAGGGGAUUGCCGAAACAAAUCCUGGCUUUGGCAUCGUCAUCCGAUGCGGGAAAACUUGAAGAUGCCAAGAUACCGUACGCCGCCCGGUGCAACUCAAUGGAUAUAGUUCUCAGCGUUUGCAGCUGCAGAGAACUGAGGCAUUCACCUGGCGAAGAUUAUGCUCUGACGUUUAGCUUCAUCACUGUGGCCUUCCUACACAUCGCGCACGUGUUCGUAGCAUUGAAGUUAUCGCAGACAAUAUCGGUCAUCAUAUCGGGGCCCAUCACGUGCACCUUCACAUCAGAAAAAUGAACGGCGUAGCGACUAUGUAGAGAAGUCGUGAACGAGUAGUUGUGGGCAUAGUAUUCCAUAUUUGAAACGCUUAGCCAAUCUGCGAAGGCCAAUUCAACCCGCCCGCGAGCCUUGAGCUGCCGAUACCAGCUUGCGAUCCAAUCGUAAGAUGGUCGGUAAACCAUCACGAUAGUGGUACUGAUGUGACUUAAGUCAAACGCGAGCUGUGCGACGCUGGUGUCAUUGACCUGGUCGAAAUUCUCACUAAACAUCAUUACCUUGUUUGAAGUUCCUUUGAGCUGGUCAAGAGAGUGCAGCCAAUCUGAACACAUUGUUUCUCUUUUGUCCUUGCACUUGGACGGGGACUGAUAACACUUUCGUUCGCGUCUACAGUGUCCGAACUGCGCAAGCAUUUCCAACGUUCAGCCGUCACUUGCUAGAGAGGUCUGCCAAGCUUCAAAGUGUUCCUAAAUUGUUGUCGAAGCAAUUUUGUGGGGGCCCACAUGAAGCCACAAUCUUGCACCCCUUUCCGUUGAGUUAGACCUUGAUUCACCCAUUGCCCAUCGAUCAAUCUGCACAUAGCCCAAAAACACUAACGCGGGGGAUAACUUCAUUGCUCCCAUGGAGAGCUGACAGGGGCCCUUGAGCCAAAAUGUCUUGAGCCAAAAUGGCUACGGAGGGGGCACC